ACCUGAGCCGAAGGCAGUCGCUUAACCGACUGAGCCACCCAGGCGCCCCUAUAUAUUCUUUUUUUUUUAAUUUAUUAUUUUUAUUUUAUUUUUAUUUUUUUAAAGAUUUUAUUUAUUUGAGAGAGAAUGAGAGAGAGCACAUGAGAGGGGGGAGGGUCAGAGGGAGAAGCAGGCCUCCCGCCGAGCAGGGAGCCUGAUGCGGGACUCGAUCCCGGGACUCCAGGAUCAUGACCCGAGCCGAAGGCAGUCGCUCAACCAACUGAGCCACCCAGGCGCCCUGUCAUUCCCAUUUUAAAGAUUAAUAAUUCAGUGGAAUUCAGAGUUGAAAAGGCUCGUAGGUGACCUUGUCCUACUACACUCGAGAAAAAUUCACCCAGCAAGUCAAAUGGCGACUAUUAGAACUUGUAGCUUUUGAUUCGCCAGUCCCAGGCUUUUUAAUUGCCAUUUUGCACAGGCAACAACGUGAUACCUGGUCAGAGAAACUUACCUCAUUUUUAUAUUUUGGGGGAAUAGAGUUUUAAAAUUAACAAACUGUGUUGAUUUAAUGCCUUUCUAUUUGUAGUGAUCAUUUAAGGCAUGUUUGUCUUAACUCUCCUUUAAGAUUUUUUUUUUCAAAAUAUGGGCAUGCCUUAGGUAUACAGAUUACUUUAUCUGUUUUUUAAAUAGGAAUCUAAAAGAUUAUAUUAGUAUGUUAAGAUUAGGAAUACAUAUUAGAUGUUCAGUACAAAUAAUAUAUGAUUUUUAUUUUUAGAUUGUGGGACAGCACCACUUGCAGAUGCAUUGGAAGGGUCUCGGAUAAUAGGCGGCACAACAGCUCAAACUGGCGCAUGGCCAUGGGUAGUUAGCCUGCAGAUUCAAUCAGGCAAAAUUCUGGCUCAUAUAUGUGGGGGAAGCUUAGUGAAAAAUAAGUGGGUCCUCACAGCUGCCCACUGCACUAAGGACAUUAGAGAUCCUUUAAUGUGGAGAGUUGUGAUUGGAACUAAUAGUAUAAAAGGGCAUCAUCCACACUCCAAGAAGAUGAAAGUUAAAGCAAUCAUUAUCCAUCCAGACUUCAAUUUGGAAACUUAUGUAAAUGAUAUUGCACUAUUUCAUUUAAAAAAAGCAGUGAGGUAUACUGACUAUAUUCAGCCUAUUUGUCUGCCUUUUGAUGUUUUCCAAAAACUGGACCAAAACACAAAGUGUUUUAUAAGCGGCUGGGGAAGAACAGAAGAAGGAGGUAAUGUUACAGAUAUGUUACAGGAAGCAGAAGUGCAUUAUAUCUCUCGAAAGAUUUGCGAUUCUGAGCAGAGUUAUGGGAAAAUUAUUCCUAACACUUCAUUUUGUGCAGGUGAUGAAGAUGGGAUUUUUGAUACUUGCAGGGGUGAUAGUGGUGGACCAUUAAUGUGCUACUUACCAGAACAUAAACGAUUUUUUGUAAUGGGAAUUACCAGUUACGGAUAUGGCUGUGGUCGAAAAAAUUUUCCUGGUGUCUAUUGUGGGCCAUCCUUCUACCAAAAGUGGCUGACAGAUCACCUCUACCAGGCAAGCAAUAAAGGCAUAUUUAACAUAAAUAUUCUACUUGGACAGGUCCUUGUAGCCUCAGGUUCUGUUGUCUUACUAGCAAUUCCAUAAUGAAAUUCUGAAGAAUCUUUAUUUUGCGUUGUGUCCCUCUCCAUGUUCUACAUAAUGAGUAUCAUUUAUUCUUUUGGUAAAUAAUUGCCCACUUUACAGUUCUCAUGUGAAUAUUUUUUGGAACAAAAGGAUUGUGACAUAUUAAAUAUGUGAUUAUAAAUUUGGCAUUGAAUCACAUGCUUCUUUAAUGUAUUUUGAUUAUUUUUUAUGUUAUAAUCAUAA